ACCUCAUCCCGCCCCCGACGCCAUUUUCCAUGUUAUUCUGCCUGACCCAAAUAAUUCCGUAUUUUUAGGACGGCUAUUACUGUUAAUUGCGAUCAAUUUUGGACAACUACGUUAUCCCCCUUCUCCCUUUCGAGAAGAAGGGAGUUUAUCUCCAAGUUGGAACAGGAGUUUCUACCUAGAGGACAAUGUAUAUCAAACAGGUCAUCAUCCAGGGGUUCCGAAGUUACAGGGACCAAACGGUGGUAGAUCCCUUCAGUCCCAAACAUAAUGUCAUUGUUGGAAGAAAUGGAUCCGGGAAAAGUAACUUCUUCUACGCAAUUCAGUUUGUGCUCAGCGAUGAAUUCAGCCACCUUCGCCCAGAACAGCGAUUGGCCCUACUCCACGAGGGUACCGGUCCUCGCGUCAUCUCUGCUUUUGUGGAGAUCAUUUUUGACAACUCGGACAAUCGGCUACCGAUUGACAAAGAAGAAGUAUCCCUGCGCCGCGUCAUCGGCGCCAAGAAGGACCAGUACUUUCUGGACAAAAAGAUGGUCACUAAGAAUGACGUCAUGAACCUCCUGGAGAGUGCCGGCUUCUCCCGCAGUAACCCCUACUACAUCGUCAAGCAAGGAAAGAUCAACCAAAUGGCCACAGCUCCUGACUCUCAGCGCCUGAAGCUGCUCCGAGAGGUAGCUGGGACCAGAGUUUACGAUGAACGCAAAGAGGAGAGCAUCUCGCUCAUGAAAGAGACGGAGGGAAAGCGAGAGAAGAUUAAUGAGUUGCUGAAGUACAUCGAGGAGCGCCUGCACACCCUGGAGGACGAGAAGGAGGAGCUGGCUCAGUACCAGAAGUGGGACAAGAUGAGGAGAGCCCUGGAGUACACCAUCUACAACCAAGAGCUCAACGAGACUCGGGCCAAACUAGACGAGUUGUCCAGCAAGAGGGAGACGUGUGGAGACAAAUCUAGACAACUGCGGGACGCCCAGCAAGACGCACGGGACAAAGUGGAGGAGACGGAGCGCGUGGUGCGCGAGCUCAAGUCCAAGAUCUCCGCCAUGAGGGAGGAGCGGGAGCAGCUGGGGGCCGAGCGCCAGGAGCAGAUCAAGCAGAGGACCAAGCUGGAGCUGAAGACCAAGGACCUGCAGGACGAGGCAGCAGGCAACAGCGAGCAGAGGAAACGUCUGCUGAAGGAGCGCCAGAAGCUGCUGGAGAAGAUCGAGGAGAAGCAGAAGGAGCUGCAGGAGACGGAGCCCAAGUUCAACAUGGUGAAGGAGAAGGAAGAGCGGGGCAUUGCCAGACUGGCCCAGGCAACCCAGGAGAGGACAGACCUGUACGCCAAGCAGGGCCGCGGGAGCCAGUUCACCUCCAAGGAGGAGAGGGACAAGUGGAUCAAGAAGGAGCUCAAAUCCCUGGACCAGGCGAUCAACGACAAGAAGAGGCAGAUCACGGCCAUCCACAAAGACCUGGAGGACACGGAGACCAACAAGGAGAAGAAUCUGGAGCAGUACAACAAACUUGAUCAAGAUCUCAACGAGGUGAAGACCCGUGUGGAGGAACUGGACAAGAAGUACUACGAAGUGAAGAACAAGAAGGAUGAACUGCAGAGCGAAAGAAACUACCUGUGGCGCGAGGAGAACGCGGAACAGCAGGCCCUGGCGGCAAAGCGCGAGGAUCUGGAGAAGAAGCAGCAGCUCCUCAGAGCCGCUACUGGCAAGGCCAUCCUGAACGGCAUCGACAGCAUCAAUAAGGUCCUUGAGCACUUCCGUCGCAAGGGCAUCAACCAGCACGUCAUCACCGGUUACCAUGGCAUCGUCAUGAACAACUUUGAGUGUGAGCCGGCCUUCUACACUUGUGUUGAGGUCACCGCGGGUACCAGGUUGUUCUACCACAUUGUGGAGACGGAUGAGGUCAGCACCAAGAUCCUGAUGGAGUUCAACAAGAUGAACCUGCCCGGAGAGGUGACCUUCCUGCCCCUCACCAAGCUGGACGUCAGGGACACCGCCUAUCCUGAGACCAACGAUGCCAUCCCUAUGAUCAGCAAGCUGCGCUACAGCACCCCUUAUGACAAGGCCUUCAAGCACGUGUUUGGAAAGACCCUGAUCUGCCGCAGCAUGGAGGUGUCCACCCAGCUGGCCAGGGCCUUCACCAUGGACUGCAUCACUCUGGAGGGCGACCAGGUGAGCCAUCGCGGGGCUCUGACAGGCGGAUACUACGACACCAGGAAGUCCCGCUUGGAGCUGCAGAAGGACAUGAGGAAGGCGGAGGAGGAGCUGGGCGAGCUGGAGGCCAAGCUGAACGAGAACUUGCGCAGGAACAUCGAACGUAUCAACAACGAGAUCGACCAGCUGAUGAACCAGAUGCAGCAGAUCGAGACCCAGCAGAGAAAGUUCAAGGCGUCCCGGGACAGCAUCCUGUCAGAGAUGAAGAUGCUCAAGGAGAAGAGGCAACAGUCCGAGAAGACCUACAUGCCCAAGCAACGCAGUCUCCAGAGUCUGGAGGCCAGCCUGCACGCCAUGGAGUCCACCCGGGAGUCCCUGAAGGCCGAGCUGGGGACAGACCUGCUCUCCCAGCUCACCCUGGAGGACCAGCGGCGUGUGGACGACCUGAACGACGAGAUCCGACAGCUUCAGCAGGACAACAGGCAGCUGCUCAAUGAGAGGAUUAAGCUGGAGGGAAUAAUGACCCGGGUGGAGACCUACCUCAACGAGAACUUGAGGAAACGUCUGGACCAAGUCGAGCAGGAGCUGAACGAGCUGCGUGAAACCGAGGGAGGGACGGUCCUCACGGCCACCACCUCCGAGCUUGACGGCAUCAACAAACGCGUCAAAGACACCCUGGCCCGGUCCGAAGAUCUGGAUGUUUUGGUGGACAAGAACGAGGUGGAGAUCAAGGACCACCUGAAGAACAUGGACCGCUGGAAGAGCGUCGAGAAGGAGCAGAACGACGCCAUCAACCACGACACCAAGGAGCUGGAGAAGAUGACCAAUCGACAGGGCAUGCUGCUGAAGAAGAAGGAGGAGUGCAUGAAGAAGAUCCGGGAGCUGGGAUCACUGCCCCAGGAGGCCUUUGAGAAGUACCAGACCCUCACACUGAAACAGUUGUUCCGGAAGCUGGAGCAGUGCAACACGGAGCUGAAGAAGUACAGCCACGUCAACAAGAAGGCCCUGGACCAGUUCGUCAACUUCUCGGAGCAGAAGGAGAAGCUGAUCAAGCGGCAGGAGGAGCUCGACCGGGGCCACAAGUCCAUCAUGGAGCUCAUGAACGUGCUGGAGCUGCGCAAAUACGAGGCCAUCCAGCUCACCUUCAAGCAGGUGUCCAAGAACUUCAGCGAGGUGUUCCAGAGGCUGGUGCCGGGGGGCAAGGCCACCCUGGUGAUGAAGAAGGGCGACGCCGAGGGCAGCCAGUCCCAGGACGAGAGCGAGGGCGGGGCCGACGGCGAGAAGGGCUCCGGCUCCCAGAGCAGCGUGCCCUCCGUCGACCACUUCACCGGCGUCGGCAUCAGGGUGUCCUUCACAGGGAAGCAGGGGGAGAUGAGGGAGAUGCAGCAGCUGUCCGGAGGUCAGAAGUCCCUGGUGGCCCUGGCCCUCAUCUUCGCCAUCCAGAAGUGUGACCCCGCCCCCUUCUACCUGUUCGACGAGAUCGACCAGGCACUGGACGCCCAGCACAGGAAGGCCGUCUCAGACAUGAUCGUGACGCUGGCCGGCCACGCCCAGUUCAUCACCACCACCUUCAGACCGGAGCUGCUGGAGUCGGCAGACAAGUUCUAUGGUGUCAAGUUCAGGAACAAGGUGAGUCACAUCGACGUCAUCUCGGCGGAGCAGGCCAAAGACUUUGUGGAGGACGACACCACCCACGGCUAACCGGACCACCUUAUCCUGGACCUGUGUUACCUGGCAACAAACCCCCCCCCCCCCCCACCCCCCCAAACCCUCAACCCCCUCAGCCUCUCCCCGGGGAGUCCGUACGACACGGCAUGUACCUCCCAGAAUCCCAGUACAAAGCACCCCCUCAGCCCAUUAAAUACACUCCAGGGCGCCUCGCCAUUGGUCACCACAGGACAUCGGGGGCUCCGGGGGCGGGGCUUUGUGGGGGGGGGGGGGGGACUUCUAAUUGGCUAAAUGCAGUAUUGACGGACAUUCUCCAGACCACCGAGAAGGGGCGCGUUUGAGAUUGGAGAAAAUAACAUGCUUUUCUUUAUACACACACACACACACACACACACACACACACACACACACACACUAGUAAAGUGUAUCUAUCCGCUCGUGGUGGACGUCUGUCCAUGUGUAGAGUUGUACAAAAUAUUUAGCACAAGAACCGUCAGAGCCCACUGUACGCCGCAACCAUUCCCUCGUCUUUUCUAACCGCCCUGUUGAACCUCCUCUCGCAGUCCCACUUUUAUAGCAGACUUUUGGUAUGCCCGUGUUUAAAGAGAGAGUGCCAGAGUAGAGUCCCCUCUUGGCUUGUUUUUUAGAUUCCAUUUUUUAGAUCCCUGGCUGUUCAUACGCGUCAUCCUCCCCCCUCUGGAUCAGAAUGUAUUGGUGUGGCUUCCGAUCGGCUCUGAUACACGUUGGGACAUUUUUCAAGAGCAUCGGUAAAGGUGGUAGUUUUCAAAAGCAGAGCCACCCUGUUAACUACUUUGUUUUUUGUUCCCUCGAGGUUCCUGAUAUGUAUAAGGUUUUUAUAUUUUGUAAUGCUAUGUUAAUGUGUGUGUGUCAUUACCUGCCAUAUAGUAGAUAUGUUAUGCUGUUUUCUUCUUAUUUUUGUUUGCGUCGUGGUGGAUCCCAUUCAAGGUCACGUCGGUUAAAGAGUUUCAAAGCACUAUCCAGUUUGGCUUGUUUGUUAAACGCUCAUCGAAUUGAAUAUUAAUCUGUACAUUAUCGGAUUGUGAAGCAGAAGCUAAGAUCUGUAAUUUUUCUGCAAUUCUGAGAUCGUAUUGACGUUGGAUUGGUUGACUGGAUAUAAAAAUGAAAAGUAUUUUGUAAUCAGGUUUUAGUUUUCACAAUGCUUUUGUUCAACUUUGCAAUUGGUUCUUGUUACAAAAUUAGAAAAAAAUAAAACGACCUAAAAAGUUAAUAAUCCACAAAUAAAAAGAACGUUGUUUUUUUAAGAGAA